AUGCGUCUCAUUGUUCUGACAACGCUUUUGCUGGCCUCUUUGGUCGCUGGCCAAGCUUCGGAUGGCGUCGAAAUACAAAAGCAAAGGCUGGUCAAAUUUCCCGAGGAGUUUGAUCCGAAUGUGGCGCCGCCAACGUCCGACAAGACGGACGAGGCCAAGCGCAUACUCGACCAGAUUGCCAAGGUGAACGAGGCCUUUGGCUAUGUGAAGAAGAGGCCAGAGCCAAAGCUGCCGCCCAUACUCGACUCCAGUCAGUAUCUGUUCCCCAAGCCCGCCCAGCAGCCUUUCCACGCCCAGCAGCAUCAUUUCGCGGGCAGCAAUGGGCAGACCCUGCUGGAGCCCUCCAUACGCGCUGUCAAGCUGACAAGACAUGUCUCGGAUUCAUAUAAUGUGCCGCCCAAGCUACGCACAAGCCUAAGUAGCGCCUCCAGCGAGGAGCAGCAGCAGCAGCAGCUAUAUUUCCGGCCCAAUCAGGUGCAGCUGCCACGGCCCAGCUCGGCCCAGGAGGCAGAGCAGCUGCCCGCCCACUUUGUCAUACCCGUGCAUCUGUACAAGUUGAACAAGGAGCAGUAUUUGAGGGAACAUGCACCGCAGGAGUAUCGUGUCAAGGGCUACAAGAUCAUUGGCGAUGUGGACAGCUUCUAUGGCAAGGCCAAGGCUAUGCUGCACGAUAAAUCCAAGAAGCAGGGCCAGACAACGCCCAAAUACCAUUUGUUCUUUCUGCCCAGGGAGCUGGCCUUGAACGAGGAUGGCACGCCCAAGCGCGGCAAGCCGACAUCGACAAGCACAAGCACGACGAGUGGCACGACCAAGAUGCCCACAUCGAGCAAGGAAUCUCGUUUGGAUUCGCGUGAGAAGCAAACGAAUAGGCCACAGUCACAGCCUUCACGCAUGCCCGCCGUCGUCGCCCCAGAUGUGAAUGGCAAUCGCAAGCGGAUUAGUGUUGGCAGCGCCUCCAAGCCGCUGCGUGGCAGCGGCAAGGAUGCGGAACAAGCACUGCCCAUCGGCGGCCUGCACGCCAGUUCAGGCAGCAUCAAGGUGACCUCUGCGCCCAGCCACAUUAGCUCGGCAGAUCAGUUAUCCACAUUGCCACCGGCGGGCGGACUCCUGCCCAAUCGCAAUAGACUGAGUGUCUUCCGCGUGCCCAACGUAAAUCUGGCCGAGAUGCAGAAUCAGACCUCGACAGCUAUCAAGAACGCCUUUCAGAAUAUAUUCAAAAUGCCCUUCCGCACGCCCAUUGCCACGCCGGGCGCUGCGGCCGCCCAACCAGUUAUACUACAGAGCGGACCACAACAGACAACUCACCUUCAAAGUAGCGACUCGCUGCAGGAUAGCCAGGAUGAUUACAAGUGGGAUGAUGAGCGGGAAGGUGCUGGCGACGGCGACAACGAUACCGUCGAGCAACUAGAGAACACCGCCGCCGAACAACAGGAUGGCAGUGUCGCUGCGGAGAAGCACCUGUUUGCGCACAAAGUCCACCCAAUGAUGAACACCAUCGGCACAGUGGCCACCGCCCAUCAGGACACGCAGAAGCAGGCGUUGCGCGAGGGCGGCAUCAUUAUACAGCGCCUGAAGGUGCGCAAGGGCGGCAUUGCGAUCGCGGGGCCCGGAGGCGUGGCUACGGCGGGUAGCGGCGGUACAGCGAUUGUGGGCCCCGGCGGCUAUGCCCUGACACACCCGCGCAGCUUGACGAUUGCAGGCCCCGGCGCCAAAGUCAUUUCCAUACCUGCCGACGUUGAUUUAAAGGAUGCACUGCAGCGCACUGACGUAGAGGCGAAGAGUUUUCCACGCGAGGGCAAAGUGGUGGCCACUGGACCCACCGUUUACUAUGCACCGCCCACAGGCACUUUUACCGCGGACAACGAGGAGGAGCAGGAGUUCGACGCUUGA